CACGAUACAACCGUACUUCAGAGACAUCCACAUCGCAAUGGAAAUGAAAUCGGAAUCCAACCACCGACUGCCUACUCGCUACCUUCUGCCGCUAUUUGUGGCUAUUUCCGGUGUGCUGUUUUUCCAAUGUUCAGUGUCCGGGAAAAUUCAUGGCGGCAACGAGGAAAACAUUGCGAAUAUACCAUAUAUUGUGGCUCUCAGCUCUCCAAAAAUGUCAAAUCUAUUUUUUUGCGGAGGAACUAUCAUCUCCGCUUCGUGGAUUCUUACCGCAGCUCAUUGCCUGCUACGGGUGGAAGCAAACGAAGUGUACAUUCGUGCAGGAACCCGGUUCAUGCACAAAGGGGGGCAAGUUCGAAAUGUGACCAGGAUUAUACGGCAUGAGCUUUUCAGCCACGAAAUUCGCGUCAAUCGUGAUUUCGCCCUAUUGGAACUGGAUGCACCACUUCAACUAAGGAAAACCGUUCGACCGAUCGAUUUGUACGAUUUCAAUGACAGAUAUGUCCCUGGCGAGAUGUGUCUCGUCUCUGGCUGGGGAAAAACGGAAACAUCCAAGGGGCCCAAGAAACGUCUACACAGUGUUAUGGUCCCGCUAGUGAAGCAUGAUGAUUGCAAGGCAGUCUACGCCAGAUUCGGCACCGUUCUCUCCGGCCAGAUGCUGUGCGCGGGGGGAGAACCUGGAAAAGAUAGCUGUGUGGGGGAUUCUGGAGGGCCUCUGGUAUGCAGAGAUAAACUUGUUGGAGUAGUUUCGUGGGGGCGCCGUUGUGGAUCUCACUACGGAAUAUAUGGGAACGUUUCUACGGUUAGGGGCUGGGUUAUAUUUCAUACUGGUAUUUAGACUAUGUUUUUCGAAUAAAGUUACAAUUAUUUAAA